AUGUAUUUACUUGUCUAUGUUGAUGAUCUUAUCCUUACUGGUAAUCAUUCACCAACCACUAAAUCCUUUAUUACCACUCUUGGCAAGGAAUUUGCCAUCAAAGAUCUUGGGAGACUCAACUACUUUUUGGGAUUGGAGGUUACCUACACUACAAAUGGUCUUUUCUUGAAUCAAUCAAAAUAUACGAUGGAUAUUCUGACUCGGGCUAAAAUGUUGGAUGCUAAACCAGCACCAACACCUUUAAGCUCCAAUGUUUCUUUUGUCACUGCAGGUACCCCUUUUUCCGAUGUUACGCUUUAUCGAUCCGUUGUAGGUGCUCUCCAAUAUUUAACGAUCACGAGACCUGACAUUUGUUAUGCUGUUAAUCAAGUUAGUCAACUUUUACAUGCUCCAACUGUUGAUCAUUUUAAGGAGGUAAAAAGGAUUCUUCGGUAUCUCAAAGGUACUAUUGCCUUUGGGUUACACUAUAGUCGUCCCACUACCACAUCGCUACUUGGAUUCUCUGAUGCAGAUUGGGCCCGUUGCUUGGAGACACGUUGCUCCACUUAUGGCUAUUCAAUUUUUUUGGGUGGUAACUUGAUCUCUUGGAGUGCUAAAAAGCAACCAACUGUUGCCAGAACUAGUUGUGAAUCUGAGUAUCGUGCUAUGGCCAACACCGCCGCUGAAAUUGUUUGGAUCACUCAUCUUCUUCAGGAGUUACAUGCUCUUCCGCCUGAUAGACCAACCAUACUAUGUGAUAAUCAUAGUGCUUUAUUUCUCACACAAAAUCCUGUUUCCCACAAACAUGUUAAACACAUUGAUUUGGAUUAUCAUUUUCUACGAGAACUUGUCAAUGCUAGAAAAUUGGUUACUAAAUUUGUUCCGACCAAGCUUCAGGUGGCUGAUAUUUUCACGAAGAGUCUUCCUUCGUCUCAGUUCGACAUUUUUCGUCAGAUGCUUCGUAUCGGUCCACCACCGUUCAGCUUGCGGGGGGAUAGUAGAUAA